UGCAGGUUUUUUGCUAUAUCUUGUACAUGUUGCACUGAAAAAAAACAAAAGAUAAUUUUCACACCAGCACCAAUGAAAUAAGCAAACCAAAAAGGUGAUCAAAUUGUAAUUUCAGGUAGGAGAAGAGAUAUAGUUUACUAUUGUGAAUUAUUUUUUCUAAGAUAGUAAAAUUUGCAACUUCCGUUUCAAAGGAUGGAAAUAAACUGAGCAGAAACGCACUGCUGCUACAAACCACCAGAGGGCGCACUAUAGCUGCCUUACCAACAAAUAAAAAAGAUUUAGACCAAUGAAAGCUCGCUUUGUUGUUACGUCACAACAACAUGGCUGUCGACUAGCAUCCGAGUUUGCUUCACUGAUAAUCGGCGAAGAUUCAGAACCUGCUGUGAUAAGAUCAGAACCGGAGGAUGAAGCUGCGUGUCCAGCUGCAGUGCAAAAACCUGCACGAGUACCUGAGAGAGCUGGGCCCGGACGUCCUGGACCGCCUUUACAAUCACCCAGCUACCUGCCUGGCUGUGUGCAGAGAGCUCCCCUUGCUGGCUAAGAACUAUGUGAUGCGGAUGCUGUUUUUGGAGCAGCCCCUCCCUCAAGCAGCUGUCGCCCUGUGGGUGAGGAAGGAUGGACAGAGGGAUCAUGACGAAUGUGUCUCGGUUCUGACGGGCCUCCGUUUGUGGCACAGUCAGCAGCUGCAGGGGGGUCUGCAGGGAUACAUCCUGAAUCCAGUCUUCAAAGAUAACCUGAGGAUAGCUCUUCUGGGCGGGGGUAAGGUAUGGGCAGAUGAGGGCAUCAUUCUGGGCCCUGACCGUCAUGCCAGGGACAUCGAGAGCCUCGACCGCUAUGCCAUGGAGCGCUGGGAGGUCAUUCUGCAGUUCAUGGUGGGUUCUCCCAGCGCCGUCAGCCAGGACUUGGCCCAGCUGUUGGUCCAGGCGGGCCUCAUGAAAAGCGAGGCUGGGGAGGCACCAUACAUCACCUCAGCUGGGUUCCAGUUCCUGCUGCUGGACACCGCCUCUCAGCUGUGGUACCUCACCCUGCAGUACCUGAACACUGCUCAGUCUCGGGGAAUGGAGCUUGUGGAGAUUUUGUCCUUCUUGUUCCAGCUCAGCUUCUCCACGCUUGGCAGAGAUUACUCGGUGGAAGGCAUGAGCGAGUCUCUACUCACGUUUUUGCAGCAUCUGCGUGAGUUUGGACUGGUCUUCCAGAGGAAGAGGAAGUCCCGGCGCUAUUACCCCACCAGACUGGCCAUCACACUGGCAGCUGGAGUCUCCAGCAACUCCCCCUCCAACAUGACGAACACUCCCGGAACUGGAGACGCGGGGUUUAUCGUUGUGGAAACCAAUUAUCGGAUCUACGCGUACACAAAUUCCGAACUCCAAAUUGCUCUGGUGGCCCUCUUCAGUGAGAUGCUCUACCGCUUCCCCAACGUGGUCGUAGCUCAUCUGACGAGGGAGUCGGUGCAGCAGGCGAUCGCCAAUGGCAUCACAGCACAGCAGAUCAUCCACUUCUUGAGGACCAGAGCCCACCCUGUCAUGCUCAAACAGAGCCCUGCUCUGCCUCCAACCAUAACUGACCAGAUCCGGCUGUGGGAGCUGGAGAGAGACCGGCUGCAGUUCACCGAAGGAGUUCUCUAUAACCAGUUCCUGUCCCAGGCUGACUUUGAGGUGCUGCGGGACAGAGCCCAGGGUCUGGGCUGCCUGGUCUGGCAGGAUGCUUCUCAUCGAGCGAUGGUGGUGACGCCACAAGGACACAGCGAGGUCAAGAAGUUCUGGAAGCGCCAGCGAUCUCACACGUAGACAGGAGGCAACCAGCAAGACACGGGAUCAAUUCCCUGUCAGCAGGGGAAUGAUGUUCUGAUGGCUCUCAGUUCAGGAUGAGCCCCAUCUGACUUGAACUUAACGACUGAACUCUGAAAAAGCCUGUGAGGUCCAGUCACAGCAAAAAAAAAAAACAGGAAGAGUCCACAUUAUUGCACAUACUGACGCAAUAAUAUCACAGCAACAUUAUCCAAUGUCUUGAGGAGAACAACAGAGAAAAGGUCUGGAAUCUUAAACUUGUGAGUUUCACAUUAAGGAGGUUUUUCCAGGAAAAUCUGGAGUUAAAGUCGAACUUUAUAGUUCUUUAACCCUUCAAUGGAUUUCCAGCAAUGAAUAAAUCUAAGACUGUCUUUUGAAUCUUUGCUAAUUAAAUAUUCUGUCACAAGUCACCCAUGGUGAAUGAAACUAUAAGUAAAGCGUACAGCUGCACUUUCUCAUAUUUCGGGAACAUUUGUUGGCGAAUUUAAUUUAGACAUAAACCUUGGACUUCAAAUAUGGAGGAAGUCUUAGGUUUUUGAUACACUCAGAGGACUGUUGUCGUUUGUAAGAUGAACAAGGGAGGGAAAAAUCAGGAGAAAGGCGACGAUAAACAUCAUUAGAACAAUCCCAAAGCUCUCUGUAACACAAUUAUAACAAUUGUAGUGUAGAAUUGUCAACUUUAAAGGGUGGGUAACCCCUUAAUGCUUAAUGGGCAUCAAAUCAUCUCUGCUCCAAAAUUACCUUCAUUUAGCAUAUACAUGCUAGCAAAAACUUUUUUUCAUAGCUAGAUAGAAAUUCAAGAAAGAAAAUAAACUUGUAAGGCUACAACUGAUAUGACUGGACAGAUUUACCUGAUAAAGUGGCCGUUUGUGGUUGUAUGAACACGCAAAGAAACAUGUAGGUGUGUUAUGAUAUGACAGUCGGUGGAGGUGGAGUAGAUCACCUGGUCAUCUACACCCAAACACUAGAUGGCAGUGGAGCAUCUGCAUUGUUUCACCAUUGGUUAUUAUUUGACUCCUCACCAUAUUCUAACACAAUUUACAUUUGUCCGUCCCCCCCUGUUUAAAAGAACCAAUAAUAAUCCAGAUGUUCUAUUAUUUUAUUUGAAUUUAAAUACCAAAGCAACUUGCACCUUUACAUCUAUCCUUGUAAUUACUACUUGAAAAGUAUCCAAUUUAAGACCACUUGAUUAACAGUUACGCAUUAAAUAAUGGGGUACAGGCAUUUAGUUACAGCAGCUAAGUACUAGCCUGAGCGAGUUUAGUGACGAUUGUGAACUCUCAGUUGUGUUUGUCUUUUUUCCUCAAAUUUGAUCUAGACAUUCACUUCCAUGAACGCUUCUCGUCUUCUCCGUUUAUCAAAUUAUCAGCCACGUUUGCAGCACUCAGCUGCGCAGUGUGUCUUCCUGCACGCUCAUUAGAAUGACUCCAAAAGCUCUCUCAUCUAAUCUGUUGGUCACUUGUGCAGACCGUUAUUGAACAUCUCUAGACUAUAACAAUCUGUAACCAUCGGGCAUUCAUAGGAUGGGAAUACUUCCUGCCUUUCUGCCACAGUGAAUGCUGAAUUGGCACCUUUUAAUUAAACUGAAUUACAUUUAUUUUAAGGUAAACUUUUAACUUGGUGUUGGUUGCAUAUUUUCCUUUUUUUUAUUCAUAUUUGUCCUGUCCAGCAGCUAAGCAAACACAGAGCAAGAGAAUUUUCUCAAACAUUUUUUAUUUUCACUUUUGUCGAUGUCUUUUUCUUAGUUCACUUUUUCUCUUAACCCACUUUAAUUAAAUAAUAAAUCAUUUCUAAAAUAUUUUUUUUCCCCCUUUGGGUUCUGGACUGGAUUUAAAAGAGAAAGGAUGAACCUGAUUAUAAUAUCAGGAUUUUUUUUGUUGAUUGCUUGAAAUAAACCAAUUCCAAGCUUAGGGAGAAAUGUUCAAAACUGAAGUGGGAAAGGAGAUAAAAGACGAGAUGAAAAUACUAAAAUGGACAUUAAAGAUUCCC